AUGCCCACCAACUCAGCUCAUUCUGAGCAAUUGAGCAACGGGCGCCUGAGAAGCGAAUACUAUGAGCCGAUUCCCCCGAAUUACUUCGCUCCCAAGCCUGGCGAUGAGGUAUUGAACAUUGGCAUCGUAGGCGCUGGGAUUGCUGGCCUGGCUACAGCAUCCGCCCUUCUGCAAAGUGGGCACCAUGUUUUUGAAAGAUCGUGUUUCGCCAACGAAAUCGGAGCUGCGAUUAAUAUGUGUCCAAAUGCAUCCAGAGUGUUGUCGUACCUUGAGUUCAACUUCCAUAGAGCUCGACCGGUUACUCUUGACGAGCAACGUCUUACUGACGGGAGGACUCUGGAAGUCCGGCGCACGCAGUUCACUCCGGAUUUCAAAGACCUAUAUGGCGCGCCAUUCCUCCUCUACCAUCGUGCGGACCUACACAAUGAGUUGAAGAGGACAGCGACAGAGCCCCGGCCACACACCUCAAAUGUCGCGAAAAUCCAUCUGUCAGCCAACGUGGUCGACAUUAGUCUCGAUGGGGAAAUAAGCCUGUACGAUGGAACAAAGUACAUGAAGGACGUAGUCAUCGUGGCGGACGGCAUCAGUACAAGAUUUGCUUCAAAGGUGGUAGACUCCGGCGAAGACCUCCGGAUAUAUCCAACAGGAUCUAUGGCGUACCGGUUCCUUGUCCCGGCAGAGAAGCUGAUGGAAGAUCCUCAAACUCGACAUCUCUUUGAGGGCGAAGCCAUGAAGAUGGUCAUUAGCCCUGCGGGAGACAAACGUCUGGUAUGGUAUCCGUGUCGAGGAGGCGAGCUCCAAAAUUUCGGCUUUUUCCUUCCAGACGAUAUAGAGGGAUUCGAAGAUGAAGUAUGGAGCAUACCUGCAUCGCGAGAGAAAUUUAUGAAAGCAUCCACCGAACUCCACCCUGACCUACAGGCCGUUUGCGGAAAAGCAGAAGAUCUCAAACUUUGGAGGCUCUGCAGUCGGAAGAAGCCACUAUCAAAGCUCGCCCGCGGUCAAGUCGUUCUUAUUGGGGACGCAGCUCACCCAAUGCUUCCUCAUCAAGGACAAGGCGGCGCAAUGGCCAUCGAGGACGCCGCUGCUCUGGGCGUUCUCUUGUCUGGGGUGAGAUCAAAGGAUGCGAUUCCGGAGCGUCUGCAACAAUUUGAGCAGCUGCGACUGAAGAGAGUGGCCGCGAUGGUCAUCUUCUCUAGUGUGGGACAAGACGAAGCCCACAGAAUCAAGGACAUAGUGCGACCUUUCGUUGACGGACCUCUGCCAAGCUGCCCAGCAGAAUACCACAUGUACAACUUCACGCCGAACGUGUUGCGUGACGCCAUGGAGCUACUUGAGAGUAAUCAAAAUAGCGCACGGCUUUAA